AUGAAGACUUUAUUUUUCAUUUCUAGUGUACUACUUACGGCUUUAUUCUCAUCUGCACAUGCAGUUCCAAAUAACCGCUCUUAUUCUUGUGAUUCACCAAUCUUUUGUGAAGGGCCCAUUCUCAAAGCAGUACAGAUGGCUGGGCUGUUCUCAGAUUCAAAAACGUUUGUUGAUAUGCCCACCAAGAAGCCAGAAGUAGAAGUUUUGAAAGCAUUUGAAAAGAUAAAUGGUGCCAAUGCCAGUCGCGCCGACAUCAAGCAAUUUCUCGAGGAUAAUUUCAUGCCUGCUGGUACAGAAGUGACUCCAUUGCAUAACAUAAAUAUUCCUAAGCUCGACUGGAUAGACGAUAUCAGUAAUCCUGAUUACCGUGGUUGGGCGGAACAUUUAAACGAAGCUUGGGGAAAUCUAACAGUUACAUUUGACUAUUCAAACUUAUGUCAUGGUUGUGUUACAUCUGCACUUCCUGUAAACCGUCCGUUCGUUGUACCAGGAGGAAGAUUUCGUGAAUUUUAUUACUGGGAUUCAUUUUUCGUGAUUAAAGGCUUAAUCUUAAGUAAACAAUUUAAACUUGCAGAAGAUAUGAUAGAGAACUUUUUUGAUUUUAUAGAAGAAUAUGGCUUCGUUCCUAAUGGUGCCCGAAUAUACUAUCUCAACCGUUCACAACCGCCCUUCCUUGCACACAUGAUAGACGUCUAUUAUGAAGAAACGGGUGACAAAGACUUUCUUCUGAAAGCCUUGCCGAUCCUAGAAAAGGAAUACCAUCACUGGAUGCGUGAUAGAUCGAUUGAAGUCACGAACCCUCGCAACGAUAAUGUCUAUACUUUGAAUCAUUAUGCUGUUAACAACAAGUAUCCACGCCCUGAAUCUUAUGUACAAGAUUUCAAUACAGUGAAUACUGGUACUGAUUUCAGUGACGAGGAAAAAGAGCAACUUUAUGCUGAUAUUGCUGCAGGCGCCGAGACAGGCUGGGACUUUUCAUCUCGUUGGACCAGACAAAAGCAACCAUCACCUGACCAAGUUGAGAAUUACGAAAUGCUUCGCACUAUCAAUACGGCCAAUAUAAUUCCCAUUGAUCUUAACUCGCUAUUAUGGUAUUACGAAAGGCAGCUCUCCACUUGGUAUUCCAUGUUUCAUCGAAAGUCUAAGGAAUUUAAAAAGAAAUCAAUAUAUUACAGGCAGCAAGCUAAAAAACGAUUGGAUGCAAUGGAAGAGCUAAUGUGGAAUGAUGACUUUAACUCUUUUUAUGAUUUUAACUUGACGAGCAACGAGCAAAAUGUUGAAUAUACACCUGCUACACUAUACCCGAUCUGGGUCGGUGCGUUCCCUGAGAAAUUCAUGAAGGACAAAACUACCCUAUCAAAAGUAUUUGAUCAAACGGAAGAGGCACUUCAAAAAUACCCUGGAAUUUUGACCACUUCUUACUACAAUACUACAUUGCAAUGGGAUUGGCCUAAUGGCUGGCCUCCUCUUACAUAUAUUGCUAUACAAAGUCUGCGUCAAGUGGAGCUUUUACUCAACAGUGAGCGGAAUAGCAACGAUAGUAAUAUAGUGGCUUCUACCUCGCAAGGCACAUCCUUCAACGUAUUAUCUACAGUCUUAGCCGAACGCUAUGCUGCAUCUGCUUUCUGUGGUUGGAUAAAUACAGGCGGCUCCAUUCCUGGAGUUCUUGAAAAACUAAACAGCUCGACUGAAGACGCUGGUCACAUGUUUGAGAAGUUCGAUGUGAACACCAUUGGGUUAUCGGGAAGUCAAGGAGAAUAUGUAUCGCAAAUCGGCUUCGGAUGGACAAACGCUGUUGCAUUGUGGGUAUUGAACUUAUGGCCAAAUUUUACUGCACCAGAUUGUACACAGACAAUUGUCUACGAUUUCUAA